AUGGUUAUCUACAAGGCCCAGCAAGCCUUGUCGCCUAAGGUAGUUAGGUUCCCCGCUGUGCAGUACAUCAAGCGCCGCGAGGUAGGAGCGCCAGACAGCGAGCAUCCGUUCAACGCGCUCCAGACAGGGAAGACGAUGAGCAAGUACAGUCGCUGCUGGCUGUCUAUCGUCUGCUACAUCUGGCGGACGCACAAGCUGGCUGAGCCAGAGCCAGAGCCACAGGCUGCCAGCGCCGCGGACAACGACGACGACGACGACGAGGAUGUGCUCAGCCAGCGACCAGACGAUGGUAGAGCAGGCACGCAGGAGACUUUAACAGCAAGAACAAUCAGCGGGAGAAAACCGCGGUAUCUGCUGACUGGCAAACAGUUGCAGGCGCUGUGGCGGAUCCAGCAGGUUGUGUGUGCGGAGCAGCCCAGCAGCAAGAAUACAGACAACGACCAUAACAAUAACAAUAAAAGCGAGCUGGAUGAUGACACAGAGAAGGAGCUAGAGCGCCUUGUUCUCGCCUUUCUACUUUUGCUGCUGGACCACCACGUCAAGGACGAUUACUACAGGAGCGCCCUGGUUAGCGCAACCGCCGUGCUAGGCGUCGACCGCGACUGCGGGUGGAAGAGCCCCCUCGUGUACACAACGUCGCUGUCUGCUAUCAUAACAGUGGCCAAGAUGCUGGUGCUGUACAGCGCAGUGCAGGCGCGGAAGAAGGCGGUAGCAGAUCUUAUAGAGGCAGAGUCGUGGGCGCAGGAGGACGCAGAGGACAUAGCGCGGAGCCACGUAGAGCUGGUGCAGGAGAUAGUGAACCGCUUCAUAACGCUCAGCACGCACGGCGGCCUGCCCACGCCUAUGGACUGGGUGCUACGGCUGCGGGCGUACGGCAAGAAGAUCAGGGGUGAGGUGACCGCGGAGGGCACCGUUCAGUGGGUGGGAGACACGAUCCUGCACGGCUACACGCAGUACAGCAUGCCCGCGCUGCGCUCGAUGAUCUACGGCCUGGUGGAGACAACGCGUAGGGAACUGGAGAGGGACUUGCUGCUUCUGGACGUCGACGAGCUCGGCCAGCUCGCUGAGGGAGCGACCCCGUUGCCGACGAUCGAAUGGGACAAGAUCGUGGACAACCCCGCCGAGCUGCGGUCCGGGUUCAACUUCCUCCAGGACAAGCGCAACACGUUUGGCGGCGUAGACAGAAGCUGCUGGCUAGACCAACAGAUUGUCAAGGAGAAGAGGCUGCGAGAGGCGUUUGUCGACGUGAAGGCCUUCGUGCCUGGUGGGAGCGGUGUGACGUGGGUGGAGAAGCGGGUGCAGAGAUACAAAAAGGCGCUGCAGCUGUUCUGCGAGCACUUGCUGGUGCUUGUGCACAUGACAGGUGGUGCGCCUGCCCGCAGCACAGAGCUGGUGACGGUCACGCACACCAACCUGCCCAACGCAGAGAGCCGCGGGCUGUUUGUUAAGGACGGGCUGAUGGUGUACGUGACCAUGUACCACAAAGGCAUUAGGCAGACCAGCAACGCUAAGGUCAUUCACCGCUACCUGCCGCGCGAGGUGGGCGAGCUGCUGUUCUACUACCUGUGGAUGGUCCUCCCGUUCUGGCAAAAGCUGGAGCGCGCAUCGAGCAGGCGCCACGUCCUAGCGCCCAGCGCCUUCAUAUGGGAGCCGGUCAGGGAGGAGGCGUGGGCUGGCCCGCAGCGGAGGAAGAAGCAGCGGCUCGUUGACGAAGAUGAGGAGGAGGAGGAGGACAGAGAGGGAGUUGGAGAAGAAGAAGAAGAAGAGGAGGAGGAGGGAGAAGGGAGCAACAAAGAGGAGCGCCGCACCCGGACAGGAUCAGGCAGGAAACGCAAGCGGGCAGCUGUGAAGAAGCCGCAGCGGUGGGGUACAGACCAGGUGCGGCGAGCCAUCGAGCGCGUUACGCUGCACUGGCUCCAGACCAAGCUCAACAUCCAGAUCUAG